CUGAGCGGCGCACAAUAGAGGCGAGCGUCUUUGUGGGUUUGUGUCGAGAGGUUUUACUAAAACCGUUUUAGCAUCCUCAUAGUUGUCUUGGUCGAGAAGACAGACAAACUUGAAACUCUCUUUUGUUCGGUUCCUUCUUCAUCGAUAUUUGUAUUUCCUAAGAAAAAACAGAGGUAUUUGUCACUUCUUCCUCUAAUCGAUUGCCUCUCGAUACUUGUACAUCUUUCUCGAUUCGAUUCUCUUUAAAAGUUUGAGACUUUACUCCUCUUCGCCUCUGCUUAUUUCUCGAGAUUUAAAAAAGGAAAAAAAUGGAAGACGUAUUAACCGAGAAUCCUCCACCUUCAAGAUUCUUCCAAGAAGAUCUCAACAACUUCGCCUCCCCACCACAACCCCUUCCCUCCCCUUUCAUCCUCUUCUCAAACCCCAAACCCCAACUCCCCCUCAAACCAUCUCUCCUCAUCAUAUCCCUCUCUUCACCUUCCCUCUACAUCUUCCACACCUUACCUUCAAAGAAAACUCUCAUCGCAACUCUCAUCCUCCCCGAACUCCCCUUCUCCGGAAACACCCUCGAGCCUUCUCUACAAGACAGAUCCUGCAACAUAUACUCCUUGACUGACACCACCAACAACAACAGCUCCAUCCUUUUGGUCUCCGUUCAGCUUCCUGUCUCUCCUGAACGGUCUAACCUAGUCUCGAGACUGCUCGUUGGACAAGACAUUGUCCCCGAGAGGGUUAUCAUCUUGGAUUCCAUUCAGAGCCGUAACUUCAGAGGGAGGCUCUCCCCGGACGAGGCGUUAGCUGCUAAGCUCGAGACAUCGUCCGAGAAGAAAGCAGCAAUAGCGUCUCGGUUGAAACUGGAUUACUUCCCAUCAGGGAGUGUUGUAGAUGGUCUGAGUGCUUCGCUUUUGAGCAGAUGUCAGCUGAAGAAUAUCAGAGGGGCGUUGGUGGUCUCGUGGCCUGAGUUUGAUCCUUCUGUGGUGAGAUUUCUCGGUGCUCUGCUGAAGAGCAUCGUCCCGGGUCUGGAUGUUGCAAGUGUGGGCAAAGAUUUGGAGAAGUACUCUUCGAGAACUGGUCUUAAGAAGGAUGCUUGGCUUGACUCUGAUCUAUAUACAUGAUUCUGAAGCAGCUGUUUGCCUCAGCUUCUCAAAAGUUGUUUCUUGUUUUCUUAUGUAAUGGCUUAGCUUUCCUUGGACAAAACAGAGACCUUAGGUGUUGGUGUGUUGUGUCCUCAUUGCAAACAGUUUUGUUUCUUUUGUUUUGGGAAAAAUUAUCUUAAGUUUAUUAAGAACUA